GCCGACUGGGACUGAGAAGAAACCUCCAAACACCUACCUCUCUACGAACUACCUGCCGCCGGAAAACCCUAGAGCGCUCGACCAUGGAUCCGCAGCAGCCGGAGCCUGUCAGUUACCUCUGCGGAGAUUGCGGAGCUGAGAACACCCUGAAGCCCGGAGAUGUCAUCCAGUGCCGUGAAUGUGGCUACCGCAUCCUCUACAAGAAGCGGACCCGCCGGAUUGUCCAAUAUGAAGCGCGCUGAAGAGUGAAGACAAGGGAAAACACUGAAGAUGGUUGAUCUAUUACUCGCCACAUUACCUAUGUAAACAGUCUUCUGGGGGAAAUGAAAAUGUCAGACUUAACGUUUGUAUGUCGUGUGCCUCCUUUGAACCUGAGCUGUAUAAUUUGUAACGCUUGAACUGGGGACUGAUUUGAGAACUGAGACACUGCAGCAAUA